UUAAACAAGGGUGUGUCAGCAGCCACCAUCACAUUAUUGCCAAUGAAAACAUAUCACCUCUAGCUGGAAGGCUAGUUACACCUCGACAAACCUCGCAGAAAAUCAGCUGACAGCGCAACACCCGCAGCAGGUUACUUCGACCAGUGCGUGAACUGGGAUGUCUGCAUCCGACUGGUACGCUCACAAAUCGCUCGGAGACGGACUAUUCUGGAUCCAGGAGCGAUUCUACCAGUCAGACAACCGGGCCAACAUCUGGCUGCUUCGGGGCUCACACCAGGACGUGGUGAUAGACACUGGGCUCGGCUUGAGAAGCUUACCUGACUACAUCGACGACAAGGGGCUUCUCGGUAAAGACCCGCAGAGGAAGAACCCACUGCUGGCCAUCGCCACCCACGCCCACUUUGACCAUUCGGGGGGUCUGCAUCAGUUCCAACAGGUGGGCGUCCACAGCGCAGAGGUCGAUGCCUUGGCAAACGGGGACAACUUCGAGACGGUCACCUGGCUCAGCGACAGGGAGAUAGUGGAGGCUCCCAGUCCAGGAUGGAGAGCGAGGCACUACAAAGUGAAAGCUGUGCAGCCCACACACAUCCUGCAGGAGGGCGAUGUCAUCAACCUGGGCGACAGACAGCUGACAGUGCUCCACAUGCCUGGUCACUCUCGGGGCAGUAUCUGCCUCCAUGACCGUGACAAUAAGAUGCUGUUCAGCGGGGAUGUGGUGUAUGAUGGCGCCAUGAUUGACUGGCUGCCCUACAGCCGGGUCAGUGACUACAUCAGCAGCUGUGAGCGUCUGGUCGGGCUGGUGGACAGUGAAGAGGUUGACCAAGUCCUCCCUGGACACUACAACACCUUUGGUGCGAAGCGUCUCAACAGGAUUGCGUCCACGUACAUUAGCAGAGCUGGAACAUGUCCUGCAAAGGUGUCCACGUUUGCUUGGAGUACUCUGGCUGGAGUGGCUCUGCGGGCGUGUAACCCACGGAGUGCCUGCUAAUGAGAGGGGGUGAUGGAGAUGGAGGUUGCACAAGUGCACAAAAGGAAAGUGUUGAAAUAUGGAGGACAUGGAAAGGGUGAGAGUGGGACACACCCCUUAUUUAUCUGUAACUUGAUGUAACAGUGUUCAUUCACUUAUGCAGUCCAAAAGAAACUAUAUAAUUGCCAAACUUUGUCUAAAAUGCCACUAUUGGGCUACAUAAGUCAGUAUCAGCAUCAUAUGAAGCAUAUAAUAUAAAGUAUUUAUUAGUGUGAUUCUGUUCUUUACUGAUAUGUAUUUGUUGAGUUGAAUAUGAUUAUAUGUAUGUUUUUAUACUUUAAUCAGUAAUGAAGUUAUAAUAGCACAACAAUGGUACAACUCUGCACUGCAAACAGAAAGCAGGGAGCUAUAGGUUCUCCUCUGAGGAAUUUAAACAAGAGUCCAUAUGGCCAUAGUAUCUCUCUAUGCAUUUUGCAAUGCUCAGUGAAGACUCGGUGUCGACUACCUCCUGUGUUUGUAACAGUGCUUUGUACUAUUGACAAAUCUAAGGCUUUGCUAUGGAAACAUUGACAAUAAAGCCUCUGUUCUACCUGC